UCCGGGCAGUCGCUGAUGCCCAAAGAACCGGACAGGGGUUUAGAGUGACCCCUGGGUACUGCUGCGCCUGUCGUUGCGGGUCACGGUAGCUCGGGGACCUCCCCACGAGAGAAGCGACCGGAACAAGAUGAUUGAAACAUUGGUAACGACUGAAGCUCAGGAACUGCUGUACCAGCUGACAGCCUUGUUGGAACAAGAGUUAAGAUGUCAGCCAAAAGCUGCUGGCCUGAGACUAAUUGAAUCUGCUCAUGAUAAUGGUCUCCGAAUGACUGCAAGGCUGCGAGACUUUGAAGUGAAAGAUCUCCUCAGCCUAACUCAGUUCUUUGGUUUCCACACAGAGACAUUUUCACUAGCUGUGAACUUCUUAGAUAGAUUCUUGUCAAAAAUGAAGGUACAGCCUAAACACUUGGGCUGUGUUGGACUCAGCUGCUUCUACCUGGCUGUGAAGGCAUCAGAAGAAGAGAGAAAUGUUCCCCUAGCCACUGACUUAAUUCGGAUAAGCCAGUAUAGGUUCACUGUUUCUGAUAUGAUGAGAAUGGAGAAAAUAGUAUUGGAGAAGCUGUGCUGGAAAGUUAAAGCCACAACAGCCUUCCAAUUUCUACAGCUAUACCAUUCACUUAUUCAUGAGAAUUUAAGCUGUGAAAGGAGAAAGUACCUUAAUUUUGAGAGACUUGAGACCCAGCUUAAGGCAUGUCACUGCAGACUCAUGUUUUCUAAAGCCAAGCCUUCUGUCUUGGCACUGUCUAUUCUGGCACUAGAAAUAGAAGAACAAAAGCUGCUGGAAUUGACAGAGGCAUUGGAAUUUCUGCAGUUGCAUUCCAAGAUAAACAGCAGAGAUCUGACCCUCUGGAAGGAACUGGUGUUGAAGUGCCUUACAGAAUAUUCCUCAAGCAAGUGUUCCAAACCAAAUGUCCAGAAACUGAAAUGGAUUGUGUCUGGACGUACAGCACGGCAGCUUAAACAUAGCUACUACAGGAUAACACACCUUCCUACAAUUCCAGAGACCAGCUCAUAAUAGGAGUACAACAAAAUGAGGAGAGAACCAGCCCGAGACCAUGCCAACAGACGUAAUAAU